GAAGCCUCCACCUUCCCACCCGGGACGUCCUGAGCCGCCGCCACAACAACUGGCUCGCGCGAGACAAAGGAGCCGGCCCGGGGCGGCGCGCGGGACCAGGGGGGCGCGGGGAGGCGAGGGCGCGGCGCGGGUGGGAGCCGGGGCGGAGACCUCCUGCCCGGCCUCCGGACUCGGUCCAGCCUUUGACCCUCGGUCCCCCGCGGCCCCCCUGCAGGCCGCGCCCCGGGAACCGCUGCCCCGGCCUCAACUCGCUCCUUUCAGCCCCACGCACCGAGCGGAGCGCAGCACCCGGGCGGGCGGCCGGCCGGCAUGGCGGUGUCCUGGAGGAGCUGGCUGGCCAACGAAGGGGUUAAACACCUCUGCCUGCUCAUUUGGCUGUCCCUAAAUGUCCUGCUUUUCUGGAAAACCUUCCUGCUGUACAAUCAAGGGCCAGAAUACUACUACAUCCACCAGAUGUUGGGCGUAGGAUUGUGUCUAAGCAGAGCCUCUGCAUCUGUCCUGAACCUCAACUGCAGCCUUAUCCUUUUACCCAUGUGCCGGACACUCCUGGCUUAUCUUCGAGGAUCACAGAAGGUUCCAAGCAGGAGAACAAGAAGAUUAUUGGAUAAAAGUAAGACAUUCCACAUAACCUGUGGCAUAACUAUCUGUAUUUUCUCAGGUGUGCAUGUGGCUGCCCACUUGAUGAAUGCCCUCAACUUCUCAGUGAACUAUAGUGAAGAUUUCCUUGAACUGAAUGCAGCAAGAUACCGAAAUGAGGAUCCUAGAAAGCUUCUCUUCACAACUGUUCCUGGUCUGACAGGUGUCUUCAUGGUGGUGGUACUGUUCCUCAUGGUUACAGCUUCUACCUAUGCAAUAAGAGUUUCUAAUUAUGAUAUCUUCUGGUAUACUCACAACCUCUUCUUUGUCUUCUACAUGCUGCUGCUGUUGCAUGUUUCAGGUGGGCUGCUGAAGUAUCAAACCAAUUUGGAUGCCCACCCGCCUGGCUGCAUCAGUCUUAACCGGACCCAGUCUCAGGAUAUUCCCUCACUAGAAUACAUCUCAGAACAUUUUCGUGGAUCUGUGCCUGAAGGAUUUUCAAAGCUAGAAGGUCAUAACCAGAAAACAGUUGUGAAGAUUUGCCUUGAGCAACCCAGGUUUCACGCUCAUUUUCCACAGACCUGGAUUUGGAUUUCUGGACCUUUGUGCCUGUACUGUGCUGAGAGACUUUACCGAUGCAUCAGGAGCAACAAACCUGUUACCAUCAUCUCAGUAAUCAGUCAUCCCUCAGAUGUCAUGGAACUCCGAAUGGUCAAAGAAAACUUUAAAGCAAGACCUGGCCAGUAUGUUAUUCUACAUUGUCCCAGUGUAUCAGCAUUAGAAAACCACCCAUUUACUCUCACAAUGUGUCCUACUGAAACCAAAGCAACAUUUGGUGUCCACUUUAAAGUAGUAGGAGACUGGACAGAACGAUUCCGAGAUUUACUACUGCCUCCAUCUAGCCAAGACUCUGAGAUUCUGCCCUUCAUUCAAUCUAGAAAUUACCCCAAGUUGUACGUUGAUGGUCCUUUUGGAAGUCCAUUUGAAGAGUCGCUGAACUAUGAAGUUAGCCUCUGUGUGGCCGGGGGCAUUGGGGUCACUCCAUUCGCAUCGAUACUAAACACUCUGCUGGAUGACUGGAAGCCGUACAAGCUAAGAAGACUGUACUUUAUCUGGGUGUGCAGAGACAUCCAAUCAUUCCAGUGGUUUGCAGACUUACUCUGUAUGUUGCAUAACAAGCUUUGGCAAGAAAACAGACCUGACUAUGUGAACAUCCAGCUGUACCUCAGUCAAACAGAUGGAAUACAGAAGAUAAUUGGAGAAAAAUAUCACACACUGAAUUCUAGGCUUUUUAUUGGACGCCCUCGGUGGAAGCUUUUAUUUGAUGAAAUAGCAAAAUGUAACAGAGGGAAAACAGUUGGAGUUUUCUGCUGUGGACCAAGUUCGAUUUCCAAGACUCUUCAUAAUUUGAGUAACCAGAGCAACUUAUAUGGGACAAAAUUUGAAUACAAUAAAGAAUCCUUCAGCUGAAGCCUUGGAGACUAAUCUUUUGAGGACACUAAAGAAGGAACAGUGCAAUUUCUAAGACUUGGAAACUAAGCUGAAUCAAACAAUUCUGCUAUGCCAAAGAAUAUCAAGAUUUCAUUAUUUAUGAUUAUUUAAUAUGAGAAUGCAAAGAAUAUGGCAAAAUGACAUGUUUAAUCUGGAAGCCAAAGAGGCCCUGAAGAAUAUUUGAUGUGGUGAUUCACAUUUUGAUGGCAAAAUUAAAAGAAUGCUGUUAGAUGCACACUGUUGAUUUUUAUGGGAAAUUCAAGAACUCUCUUGUGAGGAGCUGAACUUGCUUACUUGGAAGCUGAUAGCUGCAGUCCUCUCUAAAUUGUUUUUGGUUGAACAGAUUCAAGAUUGAACAAAAUUAAAAAUUCAUUGAAACUCCGACUCCAUUUUCUACGUUGUACCUAAGUGGAGUAGCUUUAAUUUGGAAAGGAUCCAGGCAAACACUUGGAGUUUGAAACUGCAGCACAAAACUUUCUAUUGAUACGGGUACCCCAUGUCCACUGCUAAUCUCCUUUACUAACUCUGUCGUCUCCCUGUAUUGUUUGUGCUCUACACACUCCUGAGCCUUCUACCCAUCUACUUUCUCAUUUUUUGCACCUUAUUCUCUACCAGGCAAAUCUGCACUCCAUCAGCCAACCUCGACACAGUGAUUUAAUAGAACUAUUUUAUCACUAAUUUGCUCAACUGAAUACUGUUGCAGAGUAGUGAAAACUGUAAAAGGCAACCUCCAAAAGUACUUUGUUUAGUUUAUGCUUGGACCCCAAAGAGCCUUGUAUCUUGCAGCAAACACUGAAGCACAAGCCCAAUCUCCUUCGUCUUUCUUUGCUUUCAGCUAGAGAUGUUGAAGUCACGUUCCUGAAGUGGGACCCUCACUUUGCUAUCUAGAAAAGUGGAACUGCUUCACUAUUUAUUCAAAUUUAAGUUAAAAGUCACUAAUAUUAUUUUUUGCACUGUUUGGUAUCAUGGUGAAUUAUUAGAUUUAAAUUUCCUAUUCGUGUGAUCCAAUCAGUUUAUGACCUCUCAUUAUUGAAUAUUCUUGAAUCAGAAGGAAGUCUACUUUACUACCUUAAUAAUUAAGGUAUUCUUACAGUUUGACAAUUUAAUUUGGUAGAGAGCUAGUCAUGCUAUCAAGUGUAACAUAUUCCUGAAAUCAGAUUCUUGCCUUAUUUUUGAUAGUCCUUUGCAUGUCACAUUACAAUGGUAAGUGAUGUUAUUAUUUGGUUUUGGCAUGAUUCACCACUAACCAACAAGCAUACUAAAACAUCUAGCACCAAAUGACCACAUGUUUAUUUAUUCACAUAUUUUUUUCUUUCUUUGAAACAUUUUUUUAUCCCUUCUAUGGGCAAUGUGCAAUGCUCAUAUAAAGAGCUCUGAACACACACACACACACACACACACACACACACACACACACACGUAUGUAUAACAUUACAUUUUGGCAAUGCUGUCCAGAUAGAUUAGGAAAGAUUUUCAAACACAGAUCAGAACGAACUCAUAAAAAGAAACUUGAUUUUAUCCAAGCUUGAUGUGCAAUACUGAAUCCUUGUUGAUCAUAACAUUCAUGUGAUUAUGUGAAUUCAUCAGAUUUCAAUAAUUCAGAUCAAAAAUUUUUGAAAAGAUGAUAUUUCAGAGCUUGUCUGCAAUGUUGGAUAAACCUUCUUGCCUAAUCUAAAUUCCAGAGCAUGUUCAAGCAUCUAUAUGUUAAACAUAGUUUAUUUUUGAACAGGGAUAAAAUUAAAGCUUUAUCACACAUGUAGAAGACAGCUUUGUUUGCUUUGUCAGAUUCUUUCUGUGGUGGCGGUUAUUGUUAUAUAUACCUUAAAUCACUAAUUUUGAUGGCAAUAAAUAUUAAAUUUGAAA